UCCAGCACGUCUCACGUUGAGACGCUGUGACGCGAUUCUGUUUUCUUUUGUUGCUUGUUUUGUCUGAAGUGCGUGUACAUUUUUUUUAUUAAAUUCGUUCGGCGCGUGUGAAAGAGUGUUAUUUGUGAUGUGAUUGUUAAUUGUGAAUAAUAAUUGUGUGAUUUGUUCGCGAACGUGUAAACUGAUUUAUUCCUUCACGAAGAUCCUGUGGCAGUCAUUCGUUUUGUUUACUUUCCUUGUGAACCGAGAAAUCAUGGAGCUUCUAUUUGAUUUUUACUUUUGCGGGGAUGGAGAUUCCGAAGUAUUUGAAUGACAGAAGGACUUCUGACUCCCGAAAUUCAACAGAUGGCCACAGCGAUAAAAACAGUAGGAAUGAGGUGCGCAUUCUCUCGGUGGAUAAGGUCACAGUAGAAAAAAUCGUUUUACAAACUUGUAAAACUCGAAAAGUACUUUUGACCAAAUGUGAAAGUUCAAGAAUUGUUUCCGAGCAGAAUAAUAAUUUGUGUUUGCAGUCCGAGUCGGUUGGCGACACGAAACAUGUUUUUAAGCUAAAUGUAGAUAGUCGUACAAAUUCAAGAAUUAAUGAAAAGAAAGUAAGGGUUUUCAAAAACUCAUCGAAAACACCAGUAUUAUCAAUACGAGAGAACAGUAUUCCUUCUUUUACUAAAGUAAGAAUUAGACCGAUACGAUUGACAAAGUCUUCUGUUAAUGCUAGUAAUUUGAAAAUUAAAAGGGGCCUGAGAACUUGGAACAUUUUAAAACAUAAAGAAAAUCAUGCCUCUGAUUUUAAUAUUAAGAUAGGGGUUGAAAUUCCAACAAACAAGGAGAAAAGAGAAAUAAUUUCGAAUAUAGGGUUAUCUGAGAAGUCUAAUAUACAAGAGGAAGUCCAUGACAAAGAGAAUAAAAGUAAUGUUGAAAAUAUUGAAAGUAAAUGUGACGACGUAGCAGCUCAUAAUCGCCUUGAAAACUGUCAAUAUCAAAUUGAACAACUUCAGAAGACUUUAAACACAAAAAUCAAUCUUCAUACAGUUAAGAUUUAUAAACAAAAACUUCCUGGAUUUUACGGAAAUUUGACGAAAGUAUCUCCCAGCGCUGACAGAAGUUCUAAUCAAAACACAGACAAACCUAUAUUUGAUAAAGAUUUUCUUGAUAAACUUAAUCUUUGUAAAAAGCUUAAAAUUGAAGAAAAGAGAUUAUUAGAAACAAAUUUGGAUGAACCGUUGGAUUCAGAAAAAGACGAACCAUUAGGUAAUGUAAUUUCAAAGCGAAAUUACAGCAAACAAGUAUCUACAUUAGAGAAGAAGUGGUCCGAGAAUUGGUUAAAAAAUAAUUUAGAAACAAAUUCAUCCGAAUCCUCCAAAUCAUCCUAUAUAGAAGAAAUAGAAAGCUUGUCAUCUUGUGAGUUUGCAGUUAAAGAUAAGUAUAAAAAGGAAACAAAUUCAACUAAUACUAAUGACUGUGAGUUGAACAAAAUUUCGAGUAUAAGAACUUUUAUGCCCAGAAACUCUAGUUCAUUGACCGAUAGUUUUUUUCAAGAAAAGAAAUUAAAAGCAUUGAAAGCUUUAAGAGAAAAUUUAGAAGAAACGGGUAUAAAUACAGAAUAUUUGGAUUCUGAUAAAAAAGUUAGUUUCUCUACAAGCGAGAUCAAAUUAAAUUGUUCGGUAGACGAGUUUGAAAAAGACGGUUACGCGAAUCUUAUUCGCUUAUUCACAAUGGAAUCAUGUGCAUCCAAGCCGUUGAAAGAAGAAAAGAAAAAGAAGGGACUGCGGCGUCUUCUUCCGGGUAUUUUUUCUCCGAAAGAGUCGCACAAGACGUACAGAAAGGAUGGCAGAGAAAGAAAGAGGCAUGAUGACAAGCAUGUCACACAGUACCAACAAAAUGGAAAUUACUCUUUGUCACAGGACACCAUGAAAUUGAAUGAAGAUAUAAGGAGAAACGUUACAUUAGAUUCCAGUUUGAAUGGUUCUAUGAUUGAGGAAAGGAUGCAUGAAAUCAAACAAGAUCUUUUUCCUAUACAAGGGAUUAUUACGAGUACACCAGAUCACUUUCUGCGAAGUGAGUCAAACUACUCUCAAGGUCGACAUUCUCAAAGACAUUAUCCACCAAAUCCUUCAUUUGAUUUUGUUUCACCAGAAGAAGAAUGGAUAGAACAGAAUAUGAUCAGUGGAUCUCCCGAUAUGAGGAAACUGAAAAACUCGAGGCUUGUUGAACCUGAACAGCACUGUAAUUUGGAAAGAAAACACAGUUUUCAAGAGCCUGUUCAGUCAUGCUUCAUCAGGAAUCACAGUCAGUCUGGAAGAAUAUCAGCUCCUCCAUCAGAAAGGUAUUUGAUUCGAUCAAGAGUAGUUCAUCCAGUGGAUAGGCCACUUCCAGCCAUUCCACAGAGAAUGUAUUUUAUCAAUGAAAAUAAACAAGAAUUAAAUAAUUCUCCUCGAGGAGUUCAACAGCACAGGUUGGAGGAAAUAGGUUAUCGAGACGUCAGGGACGAGUUUUAUGAGCAGAAUGAUGGUAUGGAGAGGCUGGACGGUCAUAGAAAUCAAAUACUUGACUCAAGUAUUAAUCAGGCUCAUGGUACUGUGCAGGUUCAUCAGUCCCGCCCAAUAUAUCCUGAUGAAAAGGGGAUUCACGUCGGACGAACUCCAAAAUAUUCCCCUAGUUUGAGCCAAAAAUCUGGAGAUUACGCGGAUUCGACAUAUACACCAAAUUCGAGUCAAAAGAGUGGAUUUUCACCAAGCAGUUCUAAAAGUGGCGAAUAUUAUCUCAAUUCACCACAUGCCAGUAUUCACGCAUCUCCAUCUAACAGUUCAGAGGACAGGUGUGAGCUAGUUACAGAUCCGCAAUCAUCACCCAGUACAGAUCCUUAUCAAACAUCUCAUAAUUUAGUAAAUCAAAGUUUGGGAGAAAAUCUCUACGACGAAACUCCAACCACUGCUCAAAACGAAAAUUAUCCAACAAGUCCUCGCAGCCCUGUACAUAUGAUGUCAAAGAAUAACCUAAACCAGGAGUCUUCUUGCACUCAAAGAGGAUCACCCAACAUUCCAAUGUCUAGUAACCUUAUUAAAUUACACGCUAAUGUUGAGGAUACAUUUUCCAAAGAUGAAACUGUCGACAACAAAAAUGCAAGCAAUACAGGAUUUAAUGAGCAAGAAAGUCAUUCUAGAAGUUUAUCUCCAGAUUCUAAAAUAAGUAAUGUAGAUGAUGCACAAGCUUCGUCUCCUGAUAGAAUUAAAAGUGUUACGUCUCCUUUAACUAUCAUUCCUCCUGGCUGUCCUCCAUUUUGUUCUGAUAGUCUGUCGCCCAGCACAGAUAGCUCACAAGGUAUACUUAAAGAAACAGACCAAACAAAACCAGCAUCUCCUUCUUCAGUACGAGAACCCGUUAAAACAAAAGGGUUUGAUCAAAUUAAAUCACCGUGUAUGAAUCAAAGUACUGUAGUAUCUACGCCUUUAAGGAAGGCACAUCCAAGUGAUCAAAUACUCAUAGCUUCACCGAAACGAGAUAUGAUAUACGACUCUCCUAUAAGUCACUCGAUAAUGAAAUCAGAACUUGGAUGUCCUGAGUCCCCUAUUCCAAUGGUAGAUUCUCCAAGUCAAGUGCUGGAUUCAAAGCAAUCGCUCAAACAUAUAGUUGCCGAAAGAGCAGUAUGUCCAAGGUCUCCUGUAUCUCAACAACCGAUUAUUCAAUCCAACAAACCUCCAGACAGAAAACCUAUGGAUUCAUCUUGUGACAAUAGAGAAGUGGUUCAAGAUAUCUCACCAAAUAGACAGGAAGCGCCUUCAAAUAUUCCUCUCAAUGAAUCGCCGAAACACUUUCAGAAUCAAGAACCUAUUUACGUUCGAAGAGCAUCCGCGCAAAGGAAUGUACCAAAUGCUUUAAAUAUUUCUGAGGUGCCACAUUCACAGAACAGCGGCAGAGUAACACCCAGCAAUAAUUCCAUCUAUUCAGAAUCUAGGUUUAUUGGAACGCAACCAACUAAUCUGAAUUCCCAACUUAUAUACUCUGGUAAACCGAAUGGUGCAACUGUCAAUCGUGAAAAAAUAUACGUUUCUCGAAAUUCUCCUCAACAACAAGCAAUCAAUAAUCAAAUUCAGCAACAACGUCUUCAAUCGCUUGCUGAUCAAGACGCAAUAUACGUACAAAAAAUCUACGAUUCAUCAAAUCGAGAAUCUUCAUCUAAAAAAUUGUCACCGUCAAAGAAACAGACUAUGCACAAUUUGGAAAACUUCUUCUGGCAACAGAAAGCUCUGGAUGCUCAAAAAAAGUCGGUUAGUUCUUCGAAAGUAGUAAAACAUCAGCCUCAAAUUCAUAAUGAAGCGCCGGAAGUGCGUGAUGCUAUGUAUUGGCAAAAAUUAAAAAAGUUAGACGAAGAGCAGCAGCGACGAUUUUAUGAACAAAAUCAGAGAGAUGAAAGAAAUGACCCUAUUUAUUGGAAGAAAAAGUUACAGAGCUCUCCAACUAAGAAAGUUCAUAGACACGGAUCUGCUCCGAGUUUGUUUCAUCAGCCUUCUCCUGCUCAAGUUCAAGCUGAAAAUCUCUACUGGGAAAAUAAAAUGCAGAGAGCAAACGAGACCGUCAUUGGGAAACCACCGAUAAUGGGCCAAAAAGGGCAAAAUCAACCGGUGUUAGUGGUCCGACCGCAACCCGUUGCACAAGAACGAACACAAAAAACAGUUGUCCAGUCAUCUUCUGUUGAGCAGGAAGUAAGCCGAUGCCAAAGUGCAUCGCCACGUUUUCUUAUAAAUGAAGACAGCAGAAAUGUUCCUGUAAUGAAUAAAGAAAAAGGUAAUGCGUCAGUAGUUCGUAAGCCAGAGACACCUCCAAUUUACGAGGAAGAUAUGGACAUUGACCGAAAGCCGCAACCUAUAUUCAAGAGAGGAAGCUUGAUAAGUAAUUCUAGCAGCUCAAUAGAAUAUGGAACGAUGGGUACCAAACGUGUAAGUUUUUCAAAUCAUGCUAAUAGUCCAAAAUGGCCAACAAAGCAUGGAAUGGCACCCGAACCACCCACAAGAAGAAACAAGGAAGAUGAAGCUCGAGCACCCAUUCUGCAGCAACAAAUAGACUUGAACAAUUCUCCCAGAAUUUACGGCAAUCUGGGGCAGCAUUCAGAUAUUUAUUCUGGCGGUCCUAUUAAUAUGGCUAAUCCUUCAAGAAGCUUGAACAAUAAUAAUUUAAAGACUGGCAACGUUGAACUUGAAUACGAUGCUAAUAGACCCUUACCACCUCCACCGAGAGAUUCCUCUUGGUCAUUAAAACGCAGCGCAAGCCUUAGGGAAACCACACGUACUACAAGAAUCGAUUUAAUCCCCAAUAAAAAUGAAGCAACCAGGAAAUGUACUGGUUUCAGCGAAAGUGAAAGCGGAAGUGAAGCUGGGGAAGUCCAACGUAUAUUUCAUCGACGACCUGAAGAAGAAUGGAAUCCAGACGGUAAAGGACGUCCAAAUGAUACCGGCGGAUCCGGAAGGACGGAGGGUGAGGGCGCGAACGACCCCUCCAACAGACGUGGAGGUGGUGGCAGUGUUUUUGGAAGUGCGGGAACCAGGGGUUCCGGUAUUUCCGGAAGUGGCGGCGGGGGCCGCUCGAGGGACGAGCCUCGACGGCAUACCCUCAGCGGCGAUCAUCAGCCUUCCUUGCAUCACCAACCAUUCAACUCUGCUCAACAAAUUCAUCCACUCCAUCCCCAUCACCUACCACCAGUUCACAGCCAAUACGGAACCCUGACUGGCCGACACACUAUGGAUCUUGAGAUGGGGACAAAAUCUCGUCAGAGAAAGGCACCUCUUCCGCGUGGAUAUCCACCACCCUCGUCGGCGAUGCUUUUUGAUGAUGACCCGGGUAUCAUGUCCGAAGUCGAGACUUCUAGUACCGGCUUUCGGAGAGGUGGAAAACAACGGAGUAGCCUGCCGGUUGUACGAACUCCAAGUAAAACAUUGGAACGACCAUUAGGAUUGGUGUUCCUUCAGUACAGAAGUGAGACGAAACGUGCAUUACUUCCAAAUGAAAUUACAAGUAUAGAUACUGUUAAGGCUCUCUUUGUCAGGAGUUUUCCAAAGCAACUUACCAUGGAAUAUUUAGAUAGUCCUCAUGUUAAAGUUUAUAUUCAUGACAGCAGUAAGGAUAUGUUUUACGAACUCGAAGAUUUGAGGUCCCAUUUGAGAGAUAUCAGGGAUCGUAGUGUACUACGAUUAUUUGAAAGCUCGGAUGGAAUGCCAGGUCCUCUUGGAGGUCAUCCGGGCACUGCUGGUCUUCCACCUCAUUGGGAGGAUCAGAGUUACUUCAGUGAACCCGAAUUCGAUAGCGAAUUUCAACACCAGCACAUUCACAAAUCCAAGAAUGCAAAAAAUGCAACUUCCGGCAAUUAUUACAUGAGUGGUAGUAGCACACUUCCUCGAGGAGGACCUCUUCUUCGAGCAUACAGUCCAGCUACAUCCUCAGUUGGAGGUCCAAAUUCCACGCCAACGCAAUCAAAGACUCUAAGUACUCCAGGUGGUGGCGGGGUGGCACCAGCCAAGCCGCUUCGAAGCUAUCAGGGUGGCAAGAGUCCCCUUGGCAGCCUGGGGGGCUCAUCUCGCUUCUCUAGAGACAGCUCGGUAUCCCUGUAUAGUAUACCAGAUAGAAUUCAUGGCGAAGGUGGCUACAUGAGUAGUCCAGAACGAGGUAGUGGAGUCGGAACUGGGUCUGGAAGGUAUCCUCCGGUUCCUUAUAGUGGUGCCAGUAGCUACGAAGAUCCUUAUUAUUCUCAGUAUUCUGGAACGGUGACACCAGUUAUUGAUGAGGAAGCCAGUGAUACGGAGCUGUUGGAGGAAUCAUACAGCCUUUACGGUGUGAAACCGUCAGGUCGGCCACCAUCAGGCCCCCUCGCCCGAUCCCCAUUUCCUCCAGGAGCACCCACUCUACCUCCUGUUGGGCCUCGGGAUGAUGUUACUCGGUUGAGGGUGGAGAACAUGGAACGGCAGCUUGCUAACUUAACUGGAAUCGUUCAAAAGGCUUUAAUUCAUCCUCCUCAUCCCAGCCCUUCUCCAAGGGAUUAUUUGCAGCUUCCAGCCGGACGUGAAACAUAUGCCAGAUCUGCAGGCGCAGGGGAUGAGUUCGACAAACACUCUAGUUCCAGCUCUGCCUCAAUGCCAGAUGACUCUUUCUUAAGGACCGAUGUUAAGCCACCGAAGUUAGGGAAAGAUAAGUCGGUGUCGUUCGAGAAGUCAGUGUCGUUCAGUGAUGAGCCGCCGGAUAUGAAUUCUCCGAAACAACAUUCGCCACAGCACGCAGCGGACACAAAGCCUACGAAACCGGCUAUCAAAUCUUCAACUUUGCCAAGAAUGUCUUCGCAAGAAAGGGAACGCGAAAGGCACAAACCCACGCCACCUCCGAAGCCAGUUGCACUUGCAACUGGUCAAUAUAUGUACGGGGAUCUAGCCCUGGCGCCGGAAAUGUACAAUCAGCUUAGAGUUUUCCAAAAGAAGGCGAAAGAUCUUAAUCAAGAAAAAAGGAAUUUACGACGCAUGGCUCAAGCACAAGCGCACACCGUACGAGAAAGUAUUAGAGAUUCUUACAUUACAAUCAGAGCGAUGUUAAUGUCACUAGGAGAAAGCGCAUGGACAGCUGGCGAUACGGAAAAGCUCAGAUUAAGUCGCGAAGAAGACCUUUACAAACAAGAGAUGCUGUGGCUAGAAAAAGACCUCACUGGUCUCGAGAGUACCGUGGAGGAGCUUCGAGGGAACGUCAUUAACAGAAAAACUAGAGUUAAUAUGUCGGAUGUUGAAAAUAUGGCAUUGAUACUCAAUAAAGCAAGCAAAACAGUGGCAGAUCUCAAAGUUCGAUUUCCAAGUCUACAAGAAGGUAUGAAGGGACUUUUAAGUUCAGAAAUGGAAAAGGUCAUGCGUGAAGAAAAAUUCCUGAAGGAGGAACCGGAUCGAUUAGAAUCAGUAUUAAAACGUUGCAAAAAGCUGACUGGCACCCUCGUCACUCUCAAACGCUUAGCAUCGGUGCAAGAGCAGCGAUUACCAAACGCAGGAAGUGUUGAUGCGGAGGAAACGCCACCAGUAACACCAACCACGACGCAGCAUUCAAAGACAACUACCCCCGUGCCAGCGGAACGCACUUUUUUGGGGUCAGCGAGCGUCAUUGGGGGAGGGACCUACGUUGCCGACUCAUCCGCCCCCAAUCAGCAGCGUCCGGAGAACGCACUCGACGCUCUGUUAGAUGAACUACAAACAUUUUCCCGACCAGCCUCGCAGCUAAGUCAGGCAUCUAACACUAGCCAUCCGCCAACCCUGGCAGAUUUAGGAAGGUCGGCUAGCCAUAUAAUUCAAACUAGUCGUGCUCCUAACAUCUCUGAUAUCGGCAGAAAAGGGAGUAUAGAUUCAACUACCAGCACAUUACGUAGACUUCAUUCCUAUCCAUCCAGUUCAGACACAGACACGUCUCCACCAAUAGCAAGAUUGCAAGUUUCCGAUAGUACCAUACCGCCUCAAAAACCACCGGUGCCAGAGAGAAAUGCCGAAUUACUUCAGUUAGCGACUGCCAGAAGAGUACCACCGCCACCUCCGCCUAGGACCAGUUCUCGGUCACCUCUGGCCAGUCCCACCAGCCCUCAGUUGCCUCCUAGAAAUCCUACCGGCACUUUACGCAGAGGUAAAAGUAAUGGGAAGCCUCCGAUGGCUCUGCCGCCCAAUGCAACUUCGGAAGAACAGCCGCUACCGAAUAACAUUCUUUCUACAAGUAAUUCGAGCUCUUGUGAAAGUGUCAAUUCGCAAGAAGGGAUACAGAAUAAGAAAGGAAGGCACGAACAGUUGGAGCAGCGGCAUCAGGAACUGCUGCGUAGACAGAAGGUCUUGCAAGAACAGUACACGAGAUUGCAACAGUUUCAGAAUACACCGCCAGCCCCCUCGGAUUUGCUGAAGAAGACGGGUUCAGAGAGUAAUUUGCUUGCGAAAAUGGGACUUGGAUUGAGUACUAGUACUGCAAGCUCAGGUUCACUGUCCAGCUUAGCAUCAAAAGCGAAUCAGGAACAAAACGCGAAUCAGCAGGCGCAAAAUUCGACGGGGAAUCAAACUAAAGUCUACGAAACUGAUAUUCUGUGACCGGAGAAUGGAAAGCGUCAGUUGAGCCGGAAGAUUUUUUACUAUUGCCAUUUCAACAUAACAAUAAAAGUAAACUUCUGAUAAACAAUCUUCUUGGUUGUGUUUCGUUCAAGGCCAAAGUACAAGUUUUUUUUUAGCGUAACUGAUCCUUUAUUAGGAACUAAUUUUAAAUAUAGAGAAAAGGGAAUAUUUUAUUUAUCUCAAUUUCUACCCAUGUAUUUAAGUAGUCAAGAUUUGUUUUAAAAUGACAUUUUUUAGCGUUUUGAGAUCUAACUAUUAUCAAAUAUCGCUAUAAUAUCGAUCGAUUAAAAUGUGCAUAGUGAGGGGAUUAAUGAAGAAGAGCAACACAGGUUUCGCGAGUUAUCUUGACAAGAACUGAUAUAUGUGCACGACAGAAUGACUUUAUCUAUACAAGUUAGUAACUCGUGCGUUAUAUAUGAAAGACUUAGAAAUUUCUGAAUUGUAUUGUAACUCUACGAAUUUAAUUAAAUAAAAUAUUUAACAUUGCUUGGUUUUUGACUGUUAUCAUGUUAACUAAGUGUCAUCAGAAAUCAACAAUUUGCUUAAUUGUACGUUUUUGUACAAAAUUCCAAGACUGCUCUCCAAA